CCAAACACACCCACUAGAACCCGCCCAACUGGCAAUUUUUGAUUCAUUCACAUAGAGAGGCGAGCGAGGUGAGUCAGGACAAAAACAGUCUAGGAUUCUACCUCGAUUCUCUUCGCUCUUUUCCACUGCUCCCCCCCUCCCCCUCCCCCUCCCUCUGUCAAUCUAUAUAUCUCACUCGAACACACCACCCACACUUACACUCACACACUCAGAUUGAGGAGGAGCUAUCUGUUAAUUUUCAUCUACUGAUGAGCUCUAUUUCUGUGAAAUUAUAAUUCACAAUCCCAUUGAAGAAUACCCAUUUCGCCAUUUAUUGUUUUUCACGCAUUUAAGCUCUCUUCUUGCCUAUUGAAGAAGACCCAUUUCGCCAUUUGCGGUUUUCACUGUUCUUCCGGCUGCAAUUAGGGAGAAGAUCACCAUGGAUGUGCAGCUGGCUUCGGAAUGCGGGAGCGGGUGCGAGUCUGGUUGGACUCUGUACUUAGAACAAUCUUUUCUUUCCCAAAAUCCUUCCGACAGAGGCCACGGAUUUGCCGACAGUAGGGGCGUUUUCACCGAACAGAAUCAAGAGAGGAGGGCGCAGUUUCAAGAUCAGGACGAAGAAGAAGACCUUUCUAUGGUCUCUGAUGCCUCUUCGGGGCCUCCCCAUUUCCCUGAAGACGACGCAGAGUGCUGCAACGACGACAAUGGUUGCUUCUAUCCUGCUUCCGUGACCGCCGCAGCCCCCGCAUUGGCCAACAGCGGCGGAAAAAGGCAGAAAACCAAAGAACGCCGGCGGCGAGACCACCAGGCCCAGCCUUCCUCUCUUGAUGACACCGCUAGCUCCCCUGCCUACAACUUCUCCAUGAACAAUGCGGCUCUCACCAACAAUCAAGUUUCCAUGGAGAGCAUUUUGGAUUACUCACAGGGCUUCUCUGCUACUCACUAUGAGGGGAGAUCUACAUUCCAGAACCAGUACUUUGGUUUCUUACAGUCUGGAAACCAACUUCAGCAAAACCAGUGGUUUGAUGGGAAAAGGUGGGGUUGAGAGAGAAGGUGGUGAUUUCUGUCACAUGCUGGUUGCUGCAGCUGGAGCAGUUGCUUAAAAGGAGAUGGAGGGAGGGUUGUCAAAAGGGAAAAAGAAUUAGAUCUCAAAAAGGGAUCUUGUAUCUUUUUCUUUCUUUUCUUUUUUCCCUUCAAUCUUUUUUUCUUUUUUUUUGUUCUUUAUUUCACUUUGCCUGUCAAUGCGAUGGGAAACACCCCAAGAGCCAAAGACUGAAAUAAAUUUCUUGAUUUCAGGAUUUUAA